GCGGAGCGGAUCGUUUUUUUUUCCAUUGGCGCUUCACAGCAGUUUGCAUUUCUGUCCAUUCAUUUCAUUUGGCGUGACCAAUCAGCUAUGAUUAUCCACCACCUCAUCUUGGUCGCCUCGUUCGUCGCAGCUAUUCAAGGUGGACGCAAUUGCGGCGCAAAUCCGUCCAUGAUUUACCUGAAACGCGGCGAUAAAAGCUCCGUCGAGUACUGGAUUCCAGCGGAGAGCCAAGUGCAGCCAGAGCCGGAAGAAGAACUCUCUUUGCAGUCACGUUUUGAUGAACGAGGAGAAGAAGAAGAAGAAGAAGAAGAAGAACACGACGACAUCGAGAGGCAACAAUCAGCGCCACUGGCCGAUUUAUCGACGACGGUCGGACUGACCACAUGGCGAACGAAUGACGAAGAAUUUGCCAUCGAAUCGAAAAUGACGACCACCUCCAUUCCAGCCGUCAAACACCUAACUGUUUCCACCGAGAGGAUGGCCAUCUCGGACUCGAUUCAAAUAGCGGAACACGAAGAGGAGACGUCGACCGGUUUGACGGGACUCAAGGUCACAGAUGACGUCACCAUCUCGCCUCACGCACCUCCCCUACCUCCCGCCGAGGAUGCCGUACCUGCUGACGCUUCAGAUGCGCUUUCUCGGGUCAACGACCACGUCCAAGCAGAGACAACUGAACAUCAACAGCAAGCGAUAGACGUGACGGAAUUGGCCGUCGCUGAUGUAACGGAACAACAGACGACCGAGUCGACAAUCAAUCUGGCAAAUAACGGCCAACAAUCGCAAAGCGACGAGUCGCUCGUUGAGGAACACGUGCCAAUAUCCACGACUGCGUCGGCGCUCCAAGAGUUCAACAUGGAGCCCAUCACCAGCGGCGUUCAGCCGACGGACAUUGAGGUACAAACCAAGGCCGAAUUACUUGAACAUAUUAUGCAACAAGAAGAACUGCGGCCACAUACCUCGCCCCCGCCAGCCUCCAGUGUCAAGAAGCAAGAGUCGAUUAGCGUAGACAAUGCCAGUCUGCUUGAUCGGGCGACGGUGCUGGCCGUGCCCCAAUCCGUCCCGCCGCCAGCAACGGAACAGCCAACUGAAAUGGCGACAGAAAGCGUCCAACUCGAAAUAGCCAAAACAGCAACAGACGAGUCGGCAUUCUCCGACGACGUUUCUCAGCUGAAAGCGGACUUCCAGGAUAUCGCCCACCUUCUCAUGUCCGUUCCAGAUCUGCCUCCAUCUGAAAAUCAGGUCAAAGCAGUUGAAACAACUGAAACGAAUGAACCAGAAACAGUGACACUUGCCGAUUUCAAAAGCGAUUUAGAAUUCGCCGUCGAUACACACGCCGAAGAAAUCGAAACGACCACGUUGAUCGCCAUCUGGCCAGCGAAAACAGUCAAAGUGCAAACGGGAGAAUCAGCGUCCGCACUCCCAAUUCAGCAGGACGAACCCAGCGCCCACUUGCUAGCCAACGAAUUGCAAGUCGAAGACGCAACGGAGAUGAGUCGCGUCCAGCUCAAGCAGUCAGAGGGUAGCGCACCGGAAACAGCCGAAACACCCGAUCGAUUCAAGGCAGACGAGCCGGAAUCAAACGAUGAACAGGGAAGUGGAUUGGCCGAUUCGAUCCAAGACAUGUCGGCCGCAAUUCCGGCAAUUCAAAACGAAGACGGGACAGAAGGCAGCGGUGGUUCGCAUUUCGUCAGACAAACGCAACCGGUUGCAGUGGAAUUCCCGGCCAUGGAUGAGCCGGAAAUCGAAGACGAACAAAGCGGACCCGUCGGCAUUUUGGGCGUGGUCGAAAUGGGUGACCCAAUUCUCGUCAAAGUCGAAUCGGCCGCCGAAGGAAGCGGAUCAGACGCCACUUCGGAGGUCGAUGGAAGCGAUGAGCCGGAAACGGCAAUCGACGUUGUCCAAGAAGAAUCUCCGCCGGAAUUCCGCAACGACGACAUCCUCAUCAACCGGAUCCGCACCAUUGUCAAUUCACUGACAAAUCCCAAAGACACUUCGUCCUCAUUCCUGCGCCGCACUUCGGGUUUGCUCCAAUCCGUUUUCAAACGAACCAAACGAUCGACGACGAAUCCCGCAGACUUGGUCAACAGUCCCGCAUUCCGCCAGUUCCUACGCUCACAGCCUCUGCCCCUUCGACGGGCCUUGUCGCCCAAUUUCUCCGGUCGAUUUAGUCGGCAAAUGGCCUCGUCAGAACCGGAAAUUCGAGACGACGCCCAAUCGCCAGAAGAAGAAUGCGAUUUGCACAUCAAGACGGAUCCCGGUCUUCAUUUGUUGCUGACAUUCCACAACAUGAGCGCCCCCUACACUUUGGACUGCGCCGGAGCUUACGUUGAAAUCGAACGAGAAGGCAACGGUUUCGAAGCUCGUUGGUGCGGCAAACCGAUCGGGCAGCAGAGGGGAGUGAGAUCGCACGUUAUUUUCGCUCGCUCCGAGGUGCGAGUGUCAGUGUACAAUAAUAGACGCACACUGUUGCAACAUCAAAUUGCUGUUGGCGGUGAGGGAAUCAACUCGUUGGAGUCACAGCCAUCGCCAGUCAAUGACCAACUGGCUCCAACUGGAUUCAGCGCCGAUAUUGAAGUCAUUGAUUUACACGAUGCUGGACAAUUCACAUCCUUCCAGCGCUCUCAAGCCUACAGCAACGUUCAUCGCAGGAUCGGCUAACUCGAUCAAAUGCCAUUCAAUUUCGAUAACAAUGUUUUCCAACUACUUUAACGAUGGUUUCGCAUGAGCGCGGAAAAAUGGUCACCAACACACAGGCGCACUAGUCCCGAUUCCUUUUCAUUUGUUCCCUCCACGUUCUUUUUUUUUUUUUUUUUCGUCUACUCAACUUUUUAUUUCCUCGUUCCAAUCUCGUUCCCUGGUGAUGGACUAGGUGAUCUGAUAUUCAAUUUUCUUUAAAUGCAAAAAUACCGUAGCAGUUGAUUAUCAAUAAACACAUGCUCUUUCUUA